AUGUUUGGUUGAGUUCGAGACAAGAAGCAAAGAGACAAUGCCGUCGUCAUUCCAACCGUUUGUAUACGUCCUGUUGCUCGGUGUGUCGGGGCUCUUCCUCUUUGGUGGGUUCUAUUCCCCUGAGCGACAACCCAACAGGGCGCUCUUGACACCAGAUCCCCAACCCAAAGUUUUGGCCGCCAAGUAUGACAAACCCAAACCGCUUCAGCGCACGCCGUUUACUCUGGACAGCUUUCGUGUCCAUGGCAUCAACUUGGCUCACUAUGGAUUGGAACAAGAUCACGGUAAUGUCCCAGCCACCAUUCUCCUGACGGACUAUUUCCGGCUGUACCAUGAUUUUGCCUUGACCACGGGCGGUCACUUACAGGGUGAUGAAGAUUGGACGACGCUGUUGGAAUUCCGAAAACGAUUGCAGCAUCCCGGUCUCGCAUUUUACUACGACAAGAUUGCCCAGAAACGAUGGCUCAUGGCAUUUGGGGAUAUCCCCGUUCCUCAGCCAUACCAGUUGGUGUACCGUGAUCAUGAUAUAGCGAAGGAUGAAAACAAAAAGUCGUGGAUUCAGCAGCAUUUGCCCAAAGGUCGUGACUACGUGGCCAAGCCGUCUCAUACAGCCCCAGAUGAAUCAGGAAAGGGAGUUUGGUUGGUGCAAACGAAGAAAGACAUUUCUGUCAACACCAAACACAGUCCUCAGCAGGCAGAAAAGAAAAACCAAAUGCGAGGCAAGAACAGGAACAAGAAUGCCAAGACCCAAUCUCACAUGGAAGCUCACGGUUCUGCUAUUGAUGACAGUGAACGGGCCGUGGCGGAGCAAUUGGCAAACCAUUUGCAUCAUGAAAAGCGCAACCCCAAGAAUUGGGCUCGCCAACAAGUUCAACCAGGUUACAUUGUCGAGGAACGGAUCGUCUCCAUCAUUGAUGAUUCACGUACGGAUGUUAUCAUGCACAACAACCUACCACCCAUGGACUUCAAGGUCUACGUCCUGUGGGGACGUGUCUUUGUGGCUAGCUGGAGCCAAGGAGCCGACGACAAUUCGCUGAUUGGGAGGGUCUACCGCAAUGGGACUGUGGUUUCAUCGCAUAAUAAACAAGAGCAUCAACCCGCGCUCGGUGACGAUGAUGAGUUCCCAUUGGAUGACCCAAAAAAGAAAGUGAAAAGUAAAGAGAGCAAAGGCAAGCCAAUGCCCGAAGCAAAGAAACCAAAGCCAGUGUUCUAUGACCGCCUACCGGAAUGGGUCAAUUGGGCUCAGAUUCUGACGCUUGCAGAAGGUUUGGGUCAACACAAAGAUAUGAUCCGUGUCGACUUGUUGGUUGGUUUGCCAUCGGAUCAUCCCGCUUGGCGGCAGGAUCGUGCCGCACAGAUUGCUGCCACCCAAGUUUAUGUCAAUGCAAUUACACUGGACCCCGUGGGAGAUGAGUUGCCCGAUGACAUGUUGAAGGAAGCGGCGCGACUAUGGGUUGCUGGAUACAAGAUGGGCAUUUUUGGAAGAAUCCCCAGUGCCUCUGAAGUCCCACCCGCGUACGGGGAUCCCAGCGUAGAGGAAGUCGCCGAAGAGUUUGCGGGUCGAAUGAUUUUCACCAAUCGAAUGGCAGUGGCACAUGCCAAGAGCGCUGCAGCACGUCACCCUGUGUGGGGCAGUGCCAUGGAGAUUGGUGGAGGAAGGAGAAGAAAGUGA